GGUGACGCCUCGCUCGUACCAUCUACAACGCACUUCUCACAGCCAGUCCUUCUGUCAUCGGCCAGCGCUCCGAGUGAGCUCCUUCCCGCUUAGAUGGCGACGACGUUCGUGCCCUCACAGUAUGUGAGGCUACAUGGCGCCCUACAUCGAGCCACCACCUUCCCAGCCAGUAGCAGCAGUACAGGCUCCGCCAGCAACGAUUGGUACAUCGCCGUAGAUGGACUCAGGAAUGAGCUCGUCGACCUCGGCCGAGUCAAGGGAGCUGAUGACGCGGAAAAGAGGGAAAUCGAAGGAGGCAAGAUCACCCUCGCAGGCACGACCCAUACCCUCAACUCAGAUUUUGCUUCUCUCACACUUCUACUCUCCGCAAGUCUCAAUGCCUCGCCACGUUAUUGCGCUUCGCUACUCCAGGCCGCCCUCUCCUCGCGCUCCCGCUGGCCUAGUCGCUCGCCCAUCGAGAUCGCCCUCAUCCUCUACCAAAGGGAGAGGUGGGCCCUUACAGAGGCAUGGAAGCAGCUCGUCCAGGCUGCAGUCACGCUGCCGCAGGAAGAGUCCCUCGCCAAACGCAAGCUCGGGCUCAAGGUUAGCCAGGCAUUGCAGGCUCUGCUCACACUCAAAGUACAUGAUUCAAAGACAAAUCGCGACGUGACCCUGCCCCGGCGUCUGCUGCUAGAGAUUGACUCCCUCAAGAGCCGAGGCGCCGAAGUCGAAAAGGAGUUGAGGAGCCCUCCUACCAAUGCACAGCGUCGUCUGCCAGACGAGGUGCAACUCGAUCGCUUGGCGGCUAUCAGGCAGGAGCGCAGAGCUUGGGGCCAUGUACUAUAUCUCCUCUGCAUCUCGGGCAUGCUCGUGGGCGAGGAUCUGCUCGCCAUUGCUCAAUGGCUGAGCAAAGUCGCCGAAGAUGAGCAGACGGGUACAAAGGAAGAGCUCAUGCCUUACGUCCUGGCAGCGCUCCUCAGUGGUCUCGAGACUUCUACAAAGAAUUCUCUUGAAGGCAUGGCAGGUCCCGGACUGCCGGAUCUGCUAGAAGAUCGCUCCGCCCUGAGCCAGCUCAACUCUCUCAUCAACUCAUCAAAAUGGAGUGACGCCUCACUACAGGCAGUGGUGCAGCUGCAGUGGUGCCUCUUACUCGUCCAGGUGGUCAAGCAUGAUCCCAGUCUUGGCAAUGAGCUCCACGUCACCGACGACUCUGUCACGCAAGCUGUUCUCAAGGCUGUUCAGAAAGGAGACGCAUUCGUUUACGUCGUCGUGAGGUUGCUUGGAUGGCGGCAACGGCUGCUCGACUCUCUGGAAGGCGUGGAGCCAGACGAUGCAGGUAUCCCAGCUACGACUACAACCUCCACCAACCACUUUGGAGGUGAAGGAGAUGAUGAAGUCGAUGCAGAAUUCCAGCAGUACCUGCUUUCGAGCAUCUACAGCCUUUUGCUCGGCACCUCGAGAACUUUUCUGACACUGUUGCGCAAGAUCCAGAGACAAGAAGAAGAUGCGGCCUUCUCAGCAAGCCGAGCAGGCUCUUCGCAGUCUCAGCGCCGUUAUGAUCUCGAAGCGUUGCUGGAUGGCAUCGCUCUCGUAGUCAGAGGCGACGUUCCUCUGUCCUUGCCCUUCUGGCUGUCACCUGAUGGCAGGCGAUCGCGCUUCCUGCUCUGGGCAGUCGAGCUCAGGGAAGAAGGCCAUCAGCGAGCGCUGCUUGAUCUGCUCAGCUCGAUGGCUAGUGGAGGCGGAGAAGGUGCAUGGCAAGCUCACACGCUCCUGAGCAAUCAACAAGAGGAGAGCGUCAAUGGGGGGCUGAUCAGCUGGAACAGACUGUGGGACUGGAUGGGAUACUACAUCGAGGGACUUAGAGGCAAAGAGCGGGCAGGGAUGCCGCCCGGUGAAGCCGCUCUACUUCGCAGCUUCUUGCGAUUGCUCAAAAGUGUCGUCGCAGGCUCUUACCCUGCCCGCGAGGCCCUCUUGGCAGUCACUUUGACCAGCAAUACACUCGUACCGGCCAUGACCAACCCAAACCCCUUUGGCAUACCCUCCUCUUCCUCAUCUUCCGCGCUGUCAUUGCAGCAAAGCGGCACUGGAACAACCGUCCUGCAAAGGCUCUUUUCCCUUUACGUCUGCCCCGUCCCGGUCGAACUCAAGUCCUCACUGCUCGACAGUCUGGCUGCCUUUGCCAAAGAGCCGCCAGCCGGCAGCGUGACGCUUGGGCGUACGGCAAAGGUCAGACAGGACCUUUGGGCUCUGUUGGAGAGCAGCGGCACUCUUGUAUCGAACAAGGCAGCUCCUUCGACCAGCUUUGGCAGCUCCUAUGGCGGCUUCAGACCACCUCCUCCUCAGCAAUCUGGCGGUGUGCGAUACGAACUAGAGCAAGUCGAAGGACCAAGUGGCUUCUAUCCGGCCACUACUAGCUUCUUGAGCUUCCUCGCCGUGCUCGUCGUGCCCAAUGGGCAGAGUCCGGCUGGCCGGUCUUCAGGUGAUAUUCAAGCUCUUGUGUCAGAUCUUCCCGCUGCCUCCUCGACUGGUCAACUGGUCCCCACAACGCAGCCACUGGGAGUGCCUUCCCCUUCCAUUCCAUUCGACCUUGGUCUCGAAAAGUACAUCGCCUUCGUAGUCGACGUCGUACUGCUGCCCUCUCUCACCGCAACCAACACAUCGCAGCAACGCGAAUUUGCUACCUACAGCGAAAAGUGGCGCCUAGUGGCAGCUUCACUGCAGUUCCUCGACCGAUGUCUAUCGGCUUUUGACCUUGUCAGCUUGGAAAAGCCCGUAGGGCCGUCGGGCGCGCGAGGAGCAGAAGAUCGCGACACGGUCUUGAGGCUAGGACUUCAUCCUGGUUUUGGCGUGAUGAAGAGGCUCAUGAGCUCCAGCAGAUUGCUGCGCGAGAUUGUUGCUGUCCUCACACCCAACUUGAACGGCGCUGCAGGUCUCGACCCAAGUAGUGUGGUCGCCAGCUCUGCUGCUGGAUUCGAAAUCGUCGAUUCGCCAGCUGGCAAGAAGGCCGUCUAUCUCUCGACUGCCGUGAGGACUGCUCUGCGAAUCGUGCUGAAGGCUCUCAAGGGGCAGGAUCUCUUCAUGCAAGUACUCCUUCCUACUCUUGCCGGACUUGCCGAGCCUGAGACGCUGGGACAGUCAGGAACCACAGCUACUGGCCUUCCACCUGGCAUCGAUCUCGAGGCUCGCAUUGGCCAGAGCGGUAGCUACACUGCCAUUGACGCUAAGCUGCUUCAAGAGUACGAAGCCGUCGUUCAGAUUGCCCUCUACAUCAACUCGAAUCGGGAUGAUCUGGCUUUGCUGAGCGUGCAGCUGCUAGGAGAGAUUGCUCGAAGCAGUGCUUUCAGCGAGGUGGACCGCUUCGCGGAUGGUGUUGCAGGUGUCGGUAGGAAGAAGAUGAAUCGAUUGGUCGGUCUGCUCGAGAUGACCGACGAGAGCGGACGCGUCAAGGACGGGGUCGUGCGGAGACUCGAUCUUCUCGCCGAAAGCGAUGACGGAGACGGAGUCGUCUCUGCACUGCUUCUCACAGAUGACUCACGGGACGGUGAAGGUGACGAGCUCUUGCAAGGUACGACUCCGACGAGCAUAGGCGGAAACGAAGCUGUCUGCCAGGCCAUUCUCGACCUACUCCUUCUCAACGUAGCAAACCCUCGAUCUGGUCACAACAUCGCUCACCUGCUGCUUGGGUUUGAUCUUCGGGUCGGCAAAGCUGAUGAGCAGGUCAUCCCCAAUCCAGGUCCCGACAACCCUCGAGGGGCUUUGCACUCUAUUCUGGACCUACUGCAGGGCAGCAGGAGCGUAGACGAAGACGGUGGCGCGGAAGACGGCGAUGCUGACUUGCCUACCCUUCUUGAUACUCAUCCGGGCUUGGCUGAGCGAUCACUCCUGCUCUUGGUGCGGCUUGCAACCCACCCCUUCACAACCUCGUCAACCUUGCGCUAUCUGAGGACGCAAGAAGAUUUCUGGGGACAUCAGCUUCGCCGAAACAUGAAUUCGUAUUCAGUGCCUGUGGAGAGGGGAAGCGAUGACACACUGGAUGAAAUCAGCGCUAGUCGUCUUGCCCGCGGCAGCGUCGUCUACCCCGAUGGUCAAAGCGUCGCAACUUCCGUCGAUGCCCUCGUGGCCAGCUUGCGUAUUCGCCGACAUUUGCUCACCGGAAUUGCUUUGGAGGUACACGGUCUUGUGGCUGCGGGCAUGUACUCACAAGCGGCUAGACUUGUGGGGGCCUUGUACGGUUCUGGCCUGGUCAUUGCCUCGCCUGGAGACGAAGGCCGAAACGCAGACGAUGACAACAGCGUGGGCGACUUCCUUUCUGGCAAAGCAUCGUCUGCCAUCCACAAUGAGCAGAGCGGCAACCUACUAUUGGAGCUUCUGCACUCCUUUGACUUCGAAUGGCACGACGAGAGGGAUGGCGUCGCCUCCAACCUCAGCAUUCUUGGCGACCUUGACAUCUCGCAGGCUCGCAGCGAUAGCGCGUCGAGAGAGUUCGACGUCGGGAAGUCUAUUGGUCUGCUUGCCUUUGCUCGACGGGAACUCGAGCGACAAGGAGAGCUCAGCGAGGCUCGCAAGCGCGCUGCCUUUGACCGAGAAGCAGCCAUCGUGUUGCAAUACGUCAGUGCCCGCAACGCCCACCGUGUCAUUGCUGCGGCUCGCAGGACGGCCUUGACAAGCUGGAGGAACGUACAUGACCUCGUGCUGUCUCACGCUAGCAUCCUCUUCAGACCCGAGGCUCGUGCGACCGUCGUCUUUGACUGCCUCACAUCUUUGCUGCCCAAACUGGAAGGACCUGCUCCUGAGGAAGACCCAGCAUUGGCUGAUCUCGCAGCUGGAGCGAUCUUGGCUCUCUUGACGAGCUUGCGCAGGCAUCGAGCUGCUCUAGGCGCUGCUGCUCAGCUCUCUGGAGCUGCCGACCUCCUCGACGAACUCCCCGUAGACCGCUUGAUGCUCACGCUCAGAGCUCUCGUCGGGGCCCUGCUCAGGUCCGGAACCUCGAUUUCCGCACGUGGCAAUCUCUACUCGGCAUUGAUCAAUUUCCUUCAAUUGGCUCGAACAGCAGCGCCUCGAGGCGACGAGCCGCAGGGCCAAUCUGGCGAUGCCUCCUUCUCUGUAGCCGGGACCGAUAUCGACGAUGGCGCAUCAGCCAUCUUCAGUGUCUCUGGCAGCACAGUGGGUGGUGAGCCUGGUCUGCAGCCGUCUCUCCUCGACGUUCGAACGAGCACCUUCCUUGCGACCCAAGCGGAACGUCUGGUCUCUGUGGUUGCGCGAGAUGCUCUUGACGCCCCUGACGUCUGGCGGACCGUAGCAUUCACACUUCUCGACAAGCUCUACGCUUUAGAGGCGCUGACCAACAAGGGUCGCGGAGGCAACUCUCGAGGUCCACUCGUUCUGGACAUUCUCAGCCGAGGUGGCUUCAUGAAGAGCUUUGUUGCCAGGCUCAGGGCGAUGGAUGUCGAGUUGCAAGAGGUGCUCCGACCGGAUCCUUCAAGUCUCAACGCUCUGUAUGUUUACGAGUCGAUACUGGCCUUCUUUGGCCGACUUUCCCAGACACGCGAGGGUGCCGAGCGACUCCUAGAGGCCAGAUUGUUCGAUGUCUUUGCUCAGGCUGAUGCUCUUGCAUCUCGCCCCGAAGAGGAUCAGGGCUUUGUUGAUCUCGAAAGCUUCUUACCGGCCGCUACAGAGAGGUACGGUGCUCUUCUACUACCUGCUCUUCAAGUCAGCGUCAGUACAGUCAACAGUGCCGCUACCUCGCAACGUUCUCGAGCACCUGUCAUUGGAUUUGGAGGGCAGCGGCAGCCGGAGUCGUCUCACGCUUCUCAUAGUGCUUUGCAACAGGCCUUGGCCCUCCUCAACACCCACCGAGACGCCUUCCUUGCUGUACUGAAAGCAGCCACUUCGGACACUACCAGCCUGGCAACGAUCGAGCAGGCUCAUCUUAUCGUCGCUCUGUUCCUGCAGAUUCUGCCCAUCACCGACGAUGAUGCUCUCAGCCCGCCACAACCGUUGUCUGCCUUCCACAGUGCCGUCUUGGCCUUGGCCGCCGCCUUCUUGCACACCACAGCUUGGCGAUCGAGGGUAGUGCCUUUCACUGAGUCGGAGCGAGAGGACGAAGCUACUGCUGCGCCCGCUCUGAAAUCCGGAGGAGCAGCUCAUGGCACCGUUCACGACGACUUGAUGAACGUCGACGGACAGAAACAGAUCGAAAACGUCUUCGACCUGCAUGCCUCGCAGAUGGUCGCCCGUCUUGUCAGUCUGAUCCUUGCGUACUUGGAAGCGGCCAGUGAGACGCACGGACGCGUUGGCAAUCAGCCCAACGUGAGACCAUGCUUUACCUCUGCACUCGUCGUACCACAGCCCUUCUCCGUGCGAGGUCAAUACGAUGCACAGGAGGAGCGUCGCUCCCUCGCCCCACCCAUGACAACGGGUCGACUGGCCUCUGUGCCCAGCUUGGGCGUCGCGCUUGCCUCGAUGGACGAAGUUGUGGCUUCACUAGAAGCUGACCUGCAGACGGCCGAGGGGAUCAAGAGUAUGCUUGAGAACAGCGAGAAUGUACGACUGGAAGAGUGGGAUCGAGUGGUGGAACAGUCCCUCCUGCUUGGAGCCACAAGCGCAAACAAUGGUGCUUCAGCGGCCAGAUCGCUUGGAGAUCUGGGGCUGGGUCAGAGGAAGAGCAUCGCGACUCGGCAAUUGCACGCCCAUCUCGCCCUCCUCAGGAGUCAAUUCAGCGAAAGGCUCGACUUGGUAGAUCUCCUGCUCGUCCUCAUCCAUCGACACUUUGGAUUCUACCUCUCUCUCUCUUCGAGCAGCACGGGGAGGGCCACGACCAUCGGAGGAGCCGUAGAUGACUUUGCUGCUCCAUGGCGAGCGAGCAGUGCAGGUGCUGCUGGGGCAUCGAGGCAACAGCGCAGCACUCCCGGCGGUGGCGGACUAGACUCUGCUACCUCCUCGGACGCUCUCCUGCGGGAAGGAGCCCACCUAGUCCAACUCGCCCUGGAGCGUCUAGGUCGUGUACUCAUCGCGCUUACCUCGCAGGAUGCACCCUUGAAGAUUAGCGCACCGAGGGAGAGGAGCGCAUUCCUUGAGUUGGUGGGGAGAAAGUUGCAGACGCUGCUCCUUGUCAGGAGAGAGGAAGAGGGCGAGGCAUGAGUGGGCGUCAGCGUCAGCGUGGGCGUGUGGGUGGCGGAGAGGCGGGGGA